CCCUCAGACGACCUCACUUAAGAUCCAGACCCAGCUUCGACUCCAUCAAUUGACCACCCGCCGCCGGUCUCUUUACCCCACGGAGCUCCGAUAUCGAAUCUACGAGGCAUCUCGCACUCUUUUACUGCCUUAGCCGUCACCAUGUCUUCUCUCGCUCGUCCCAUGCUCCGUUCGCCCGCUCUCCGCGUCGCCGCCCGACGCUUCGAGAGCACCGCCACCCAGAAGGCCACCGAAAACGCAAAGCAGGCUGCCUCCAAAGCCACCGAGAAUGCUAAGCUGGCUGCCUCAAGGGCCCAGGAAGGUCUGUCGCGUGUCACAACCGCUGCUGGCCCUGCUAUUGCUGGUUAUGCCAAGGGCGUUGCCAACACUCUGGGCAAGGUUGGCGGACGAACGGGCAAGGUCAUCGGCUUCGUUGAACGACAAGUCCCCUUCGUCGUUUACUACUCCAAGGUCGCCCUCGAGCUGGGCAAGUUCGUCUUCCACAACCAGAAGAUGAGCCCUCCCAACCUGGCCACCUUCCAAAACACAUACCAGAGCAUUAUCAAGUCCAUCCAGAACCGUACCAUCAUCCAGUCUUCUCAGAACGCCAUCCAGCAGGUACGGAAUAUCGGCCCUGCUCAGCUCGCCGCUGGCGGUGUUGUCGCAGCUGAGGUCCUCGGCUUUUUCACCGUUGGUGAGAUUAUUGGGCGAUUCAAGCUUGUUGGCUACCGUGGCGAGGCCUCUUCCCACCACUAAAUGUGUCUCUUGUAGUAAGGAGCAGGAGUUGUAAGGAUCGAUGAGUGCCGGACGAUGUGAUAACAAAUAAGGAUGAGUGGGCUUUAGACUUGGUUCUCCCCGGCCGGGGACGCCUGAAAAGGGCUGGUUGGAGACCGUUUGUUUGGGGGGGAGUUGAAAACUGGGAGACUUGGGAAUACCGGUCUCACCGGACCUGUGAUGUUUGUCCUCUGAGCACUUUUCUUUUGUAGAACUGUACAUCAACCAGCCUCUGGCGGGCUGCCCCCUUCGUGGACAGCUUUGAACAAUGAUAUUUAAUAACUAUAUGAGCCUUCCUGUGAUCAAUCAAAUGUUCCUUAAUUACAAUCGUCCCGGUAGCAUACAUAACUUAUCAUGACG